AUGGGUAUCAGUGCAAAUCUAUUUAUAAAACAGAGAGGUUCGACAACUGCGUUGAAGCAGCCAAAAGAAUUAGGAUUUUACUCAAGGAACAAAGAUGAAGAGUAUUUAGUUAGUGAUGAUACAAACCUGAAUUACUACUAUCUGCCAGACGCUGAACUGGACAGGAAGUUGGACCUUUCCGCAGGAUUCCAGAAAUUUAAGGACUAUUACAAGGAUUUUGAAGAUAGAUGUUCCCUGCGCGGGCUGUUAGAGACUAUAGAAAGCUCUGAAAGGCAUAAGGGGAAAAAAAUCAACGCUGAUAUUAUCACGUUUAGGGGAAUUGCUAGAAAAUUAAUUUCAUGUGCAUUUGACUCUCCAGCCUUCAAUGCUGUGAAUCUUCGCAUUAUUUCGUUCAACGGCCAGCUUUUCAUCAAGGAAGUACCUGAUGUUAUUGAUGCAACCACGGCAGCCUCCACACCUGGCACGGGGCAUAGUAAUGAUCAAGACUUGAACGCGUUUACCGGGUACAAGUUUGAAACUCUGGUCACACUUUCCAACCCACUGCAGUAUACGCCUCGUGAAGUUAUAGAAAAAAGGACUAAAAGAAUCGUGUCUCAUGGGGAUGAGUACAUUAGCGUUGUCAGAACUGGGGUUGGCAAUUGUAAACUAAUUCUUGGUGCAGAGGUGGAUUGCGUAUUCGACUUUAAAGAAAACGGCAAGGAUAAUUUGAAACAUUAUGCUGAACUAAAAUGUACACAGCAAGUUAUGAACAUAUCAGAUACUCAUAAAUUUGAGCGCAAAUUGUUCCGAACUUGGCUACAAUGCUUCUUGGUUGGCAUUCCAAGGAUCAUAUACGGAUUUAAAGACGACCAAUAUGUAUUAAAGACUGUGGAAGAGUUUUCAACAGAAGAGGUGCCGGUCUUGUUGAAGAACAAUAAUCCUCAGAUGGGGAGCUCAUGUUUAGAAGCUAUCAAGUGGUAUGGUCUUCUCACUGAAUGGCUUUUGAAAAUGAUUCCUAGAGACGAGGAUCCUCAUGCUCAAGUAAGGGCAUUUAAGCUGAUCUUCGAAAAUAAUCAUUUAAGAUUAUCUGAAAUUGAAGAAAAUGAUGAUGAGUAUUCAGGUUUGGUUAAUGAAGAGAACAUAUUAACCAAUGGAUUUAGGGAAUGGAGAAAAUCGCUGAAAAAAAAAUAA